AUGGCCGCCAGCACAAACGACGCCAACAAGGCCACGGCCGAAGCCGCCCCAGUCGACACGGCGCCUGGCAGCGAGCAGACGCCUCCCGGUCCGGCGGAUGGCCCAGAGCACGAAGACGGGGCCAAUGGCCAGCAGCCAGACAACAUCAUGCAGGUCACCAUCAAGCUGCCCCACGAGCCCUUCGAGAUGCCCAUGACCAUCUCGACGGCCGAGCAGGUGCAGGAUCUCCGCCAGUCCAUCAUCGAGAUGCCGCACACGUUCCAGUACUCGUGCUUCCACCUCGAGCACAACGGCGAGCGCAUCAACGACUAUGUCGAGCUGUCCGAGGUCAGGGACCUGAAGCCCAACUCGGUCCUGACUCUGGUCGAGGAUCCAUACACGGAGAAGGAAGCCCGGCUCCAUGUCGUGCGCGUGCGCGAGCUCAUUGGAGCGGCGGGCGACCGAACCGAUGCGCUGCACGGCCUCAUGGCCGGUCUUUCGCUGCACGACACCGUGGGCCAUGAGCACAUCCUGAAGCCCAAGCAAGACGGCCCCGAGCAGUCGCCCUUGGCCGACUACGACUUCAAGUCUACUGGAGCCGUCAAGAACCUGCUUCCCCCGCCCCCAGAAGCCGCCCCCAAGACCAUCAAGUCCAUUGCCGUCUCGCCCUGGAACCCUCCCCCGUACCACCUCCGCUCCAAGGGCCACCUGCUGUAUCUUGUAGUUACCACCAAUGAGAAUGAGCAGCAUCACAUCACCAGCCAUGUCUCGGGCUUCUACGUCAACAAGUCGUCCAACGCCAGCUUCGACCCCUUCCCGCGCCAGGCGCCAAAGGACAAGCGCGCCCACUCUCUCCUGACGCUGCUCGAAGAGCUUUCGCCCUCUUUCCGCACCACGUUCCCGGAACUGCUGGAGCACAAUGCGAAGAAGGAACUGCUUACCAUCUUCCAGCUCUCCAAUGCCAUCCCCGCGAACCCAUGGCUUGUUCCUGCGCCAACUUCCGCGCUUACUCCACACCAGCCAGAUCUCGCCCGAACACAAGAGAGCUACUUGAUUUCGGGUGUCGAGAACACCGAGACUCUCCGCGACUGGAACGAGGAGUUCCAGUCCACCCGCGAGAUGCCCAAGGAGGCUGUCCACGACCGCGUUUUCCGCGAGCGCCUCACUUCGAAGCUCUUUGCCGACUACAACGAUGCCGCCACUCGUGGCGCCAUGUUGGUCGCUCGCGGAGAGAUUGCACCUCUGAACCCCACAGAGGCCAAGGAUGCGCAAAUUUUCGUCUACAACAACAUCUUCUACUCGUUUGGUGCUGAUGGUGUGGGCACGUUUGGCGCCGAAGGCGGCGAUGAAGCAGCGCGUGUUGCUGUGGGCAAAGACGUAUUUGGUGUGCGUGCUGUCAACAACCUCGACAUCCCCAACCUCUUCACCUCGGGAACCGUCGUUGUCGACUACCAAGGCAAGCGCAUUGUGGGCCAGAGUAUCGUCCCUGGUAUCUUCAAACAGCGCGAUCCUGGUGAGCACCAGAUCGAUUACGGUGCGGUCGAGGGCAAGGAAAUCGUAGCAGAUGACAAGUCCUUCGUCCCCCUCUUUGAACAGCUAUCCAAGGCUCUGCGUGUCAAGAGACAUCCAGUCUGGGACAAGGACAAUGUUCGCCACGAGCUGGAGGGCAGUGUCGAGACCAAGGGCUUGAUCGGUACUGAUGGUAGGCGGUACGCAUUGGAUCUGUACCGCCUCACCCCGCUCGAUAUCUCGUGGAUCGAGGCAUACUGGACUGAGCCUGCGGAGGAGGGCGAGUCAAAGCCGAAAGACAAGGACUACCCCCACCGAAUGGCCACACUUCGUCCGGAGCUUGUUGAGUCUUAUGGUAGACUCAAGCUGCGCGAAUACGUCAAGAAUGAGCUUGCCAAAAAGGCCGAAAGUUCGGCCAAGAAGGAAGCCGAGGAUGAGGAGAGCGAGGAAGAGGAGUCUGAAGAGGAAGAAGAGUCCGACGAGUCCGACGACUCUGAGGAAGAAGGAGAAGGAGCCGAAAAGAAGCCCGAGACCAAGAAGUUGACCAAGGAACAGAAGAAGGCUGCCAAGAAGGCCGCAAAGAAGAAGCCUGAUGGUGAGGAUGCCGAGCAAGAGCGUGUCGACAUCUCCGGCUUCUCCUUUGCCCUCAACCCCGACGUUUUCUCGGGCCAAAACCCUCAGUCUGAAGAAGACAAGAAGGAGUGGGCUCAGGAUGAGGCUGAAGUCCGCGCUGCUUGUGAACACCUCACAUCCGAGGUCAUUCCUCGCCUGAUCACAGAGCUCAAAGAUGGCGAAGUUGGUUUCCCAAUGGACGGACAGUCUUUGAGCAACCUCUUGCAUAAGCGGGGUGUAAACAUCCGCUACCUUGGAAGGCUUGCAGAGUUGGCUGACCAGCCCGACCCCCGGCUCCAGGCUUUGAAGCGUCUCCUUGUGCAAGAGAUGGUUGCACGUGGUUUCAAGCACUUUGCCAACUCCAAGCUGCGCAAUGUGCCCGCACCAUUUGCUGCGUCCGCCGCUGCGCAUCUCCUCAACUGCCUUCUAGGGGCUGAUGUGAGCGCCAAGCCCGUGCCCGAGUAUGAUACUAGCCUCAAGGCAAUGUACACCAACGCCGACUUUAGCUUCGAGAAGCUCACACCAGAGACUCUCAAGACGGAGGUCGUUGCUCAGGUCGCUCUCCGAUACCGGUAUGACCUGGGCCAGUCAUGGGUCGAGUCUGGCAGGGAGCUGCAAAUGCUUCGUGAAGUCUCGCUCAAGUUGGGAUUGCAGUUGGAGAGCAAGCAAUACGCCUUCACCAAGGAUGCCUUUGCCGCCAGUGCCCCGGCUGAGAAGCCGGCUCCACCGCAGACCAAUGGCCAGACCGCAUCUUCCAGCAAAAAGAAGAAGAACAAGAGUACACCGCCCGCGCGUACAGCUAGCCCCACUGUGAGCCUUCCACCACAGACAUUCCAUGCAGAUGACAUUUUGAACAUUGUCCCUGUCAUCAAGGAGGCUUCGCCAAAGAGCCUGUUGGCCGACGAGGCACUCGAAGCCGGCCGCAUGUCUGUUGCUCAGGACCAAAAGGAGCUCGGACAGGAGUUGCUUCUGGAGUCGCUGCAGCUGCACGAACAGAUCUACGGUGUACUUCACCCCGAGGUAGCCAAGGCCUAUCACACAUUGUCUAACCUGCUCUUCAACCUUGAAGACAAGGUCUCGGCUUUGGAGCUUGCACACAAGGCCGUAAUUGUGUCUGAGCGCACUCUUGGUGUUGAUCACGCUGACACCCUACUUGCUUACCUAAACCUGGGUUUGUUUGAGCAUGCGUCGGGUAACACCAAGGCUGCUCUCGUGUAUCUGCGUCAUGCUCUUGAGCUGUGGAAGAUCAUCUACGGACCUGACCAUCCUGACUCGAUCACAACACUGAACAACGCGGCUGUGAUGCUGCAAUCCAUGAAGCAGUACCACGAGUCUCGCAUCUGGUUUGAAGCAUCUCUCGCCAUCUGCGAAGAAGUAUCAGGAAAGAACUCCAUCAACACGGCUACUUUGCUCUUCCAGACUGCUCAGGCCCUUGCACUCGACAAGGACAUGCGUGGCGGUGUCAACCGCAUGCGUGAGUCGUAUAACAUUUUCAAGGAGGUCCUCGGCCCCGAAGACCGCAACACCAAGGAAGCUGAAAGCUGGCUGGAGCAGCUCACUCAGAGUGCUGUUUCCCAAGCCAAACAGCUCAACGACCUUGCCAAGGGACGCAUUCGUGCUAUGCAGCUCCCCGGUCGCAACCCUCUCCGCCCUGCUGCUGCUGCGCCUUCGGCCAAAGAUGCUGCAGCUGCCUCAGGCGGUCAGCGAAGCGGAAGCAGCCGUGUUGAUCAGCGCAAGAUUGAGGACCUUUUGAAGUACAUUGAGGGAGACAUACAAAAGACUCCAUCGAAGAAGAAGACGCAGGCGAAUCCCAGGAAGAGGACAAAGUAGACUUGAGCAGUCGAUCCUUUGUGACAUUCUCGCCAAGGAAAAUGAGACGCUAAAAGCAUCCGCCAUUCGCAGCUUGGCUCGGUCUCCACGAACAUUGGCCCUGAAUUUGCGACGCUCGCGUGAUACAGCACCAGUGGCUCUGUGUUGUUUGGGUUCUGUUCAUGUUCAGCCUUGGGCAUGGAUUUGCAUUCUUGGAGUUAUCGGUUUGGGGUGUCUUUGGUGGGGAGUGGGACAGGUCUCUCGGUCAACAUAUCUUGUAUAUUGAGAUAGAUUGGGAUGGAAAAAAAGGUAAGGAAAAAUUGGCUAUGUGUAUACGCAGGCCGGACAUGUGAACAGUGAUGUAUCAAUGAUGAAUGACGAGCUGUAUCAACUAGCAAUACAAAAUAUC